AUGGCGAAGGUUCGCAUAAGCAGUGACAUUAUAAAACCGUUUUCCGGCCAGGGCGAUGUGGUGGCAUGGCUGAAAAAGGUCAGGCUCAUGGCGAGACUUCAGCAGGUGGACGAUGUGGCUAGUCUGCUACCAUUAUACCUGGAGGGGGACGCACUAGCCCUCUACAUGGAAAUGGAGGAGGAAGAUCAAGGGAACAUCGAUCUAAUCGAAGCCAGACUGAAGCAGGCAUUCACGGACGACGCGUUUUCAGCCUAUAGAAAACUGACCAUGGUCAGGUGGACCGGCGAGCGCGUAGACGUUUACGCAAAUAAAGUCAGACAGUUUGUUCGAUUGACCGGAUUCGAGGGAGCCGAGAUGGAAAGGCUCACCAAACUAGCCUUCAUCAUGGGUUUUCCUGAUGUAAUCUCCCUCGAACUCCGACAGGCACCGAACGUUGAAGCACUGACUGUAGGGAAGUUUUUAGCAAGAGCAAGAGUGCUGACAACUACUGGAAAUGAAAGUCAGAACGUUGUUGUGGCUGUGCGCCCACCCCGUAGUGUCGGUGCGUCUCCCACCAAGAGCGGCCCACGCACCAGUGUGACAUGCUACAGGUGUAGCAUUAAAGGCCACAUGGCAAAAGACUGCCGGAAGUGUGGAACAUGCUGCUAUCAAUGCGGGGAGUUUGGACACUGGGCUCGAGACUGUUCGGGAAACGCUACAGGGGACAAGGCAUCAGCGCCAGCCUUCUCCCUAACCAAGAUGUAA